UUGGAAUAUCUGCCAUCUGUAUUUUGAAAACAUUGUCAGUGUGGUCGAUGAAGUUGUGAGUGACGGUGUGUGUGGCCUCAUACUUCACAAUGGACUCUUCUUUACGCGAACAGGUUAUGAUUAAUCAGUUUGUUAUGGCAGCGGGAGCUACUAGAGAACAAGCAAGACAGUUGUUACAAUCUGCGCACUGGCAGUUUGAGACUGCUCUGAGUGUGUUCUUCCAAGAAGCUGUACCUAACGGCGGCGCCUCUCAGCACCACCUCAGCCACUUAUGUACUCCGGCCAACACGCCAGCUACACCUCCAGCCUUUCCAGAUGCGCUCGCUGCCUUCUCCAAGAUGUCUACACAAGAUAAACUUUCUACGUCUCCCUCAGGAGGAUUUUCCCCGCCUCCACAGUUUCAAGCACCACACUUCCAACCUCCACAGUUCCAGCCUCCACAGUUCCAACCACCACACUUCCAGCCUCCACACUUCCAGCCGCCACACUUCCAGCCGCCACAGUUCCAACCGCCUCUCUCUCAACCACCUUCCAUGAUGUCACAGCAGCAGCAUCACCAACACCACCACCAGCAGUCCCAACCUAGACAGAUCAUCGCAAAUAAUGUACACAUCAAUACUCAGAGAUAAGCAAGGUUGGCUGCAAUAAAUUCACUAUUUUUGCCAUCACUAAGAGACUCAUAUAAUGAAACGUGUAAGCCAAGGAUGCAAUGCUGUAUACAUACAGCCAAGUUACAUCCAUCGUUGGCAUUCCUUUAGUUGAAAGCACACACCAUUGACAAUAUUUUGAAGAGAUGGUCAAGAAUUACUGUAAUAGUAUCUGUUCCCUGUUGUCUUGACUGAAAAUUUUGUAGUUGCUCUGACCUAAUGUUGAAUGAAGGUAUUAAAAUAUACUAAUUCCUCUACUCCAAGACUGGUUGUCUGUUACAGGUACACUAUUUCACUUAAAAUUUUCAAUUUUAAGGUUUAUGGAAUUUGGUAUUUAUAGAGUGUCUGUGAUAAUAUUAGUGAGAAAAAUGAUUGAAAGUAAAUCUCAGACAGAGCUUGUAAUUCCAUGAAAAGUCAAGAUUUUUCUAAUUAGUGUUUGAACAUUCACAGUCUUGGGUGGUGGAUCAUUAUUGGUCGAUGUGAUGAGGGCAACACAAUGUAGGUGGCAGAAGCAAUUUUUACAAACUCAUGGUGUAUGUUGUUUGUAAUAUUUUUGGUCAGUCUUUUGUUAAACUAAUGCCCAAGAUGCAUUACUGGAGUCAGGUAGUCAGAAUGUCAGCUAAUUAAUGUAUGUGUAGAAAUAAUUGUAUAUGCUCUAUUUUUGAGGCAGGAAUGCAGCAGGAAAUGUAAUGGUGUAUUGUAGCUGUCAAAUGAAUUUUCCUAUGGGCAUUUUGUUAUUUGUUUCUCUAUGCUCAACCGUACAUUAAAUUAAACUCCGAUUCAAAAAAAAAGUUUUGGACAUCAGUAAUAGAAAUAACAAACUGUUAAUCUUUUUUAUUAAGUGAAAAAUUAAUCUUUCACUCACUGUGUAGCUAAUCCAUUUGUACUUGUUGAACAAUAUUUUGCACUUGUAGAUAAUUGGUGUUCACUGCAUUUCAGAAAUGUAGUAGAUAGGUGUUUCUUGGCCUCUUGUACAGUUUAACAAAUUGCAGUUUUAUAAAAUUCCUGUAGAAAUCAUCUAUUGAAUGUGAUCGAGUAAGAAAAAUGGCAGUGGUAAGGAAGAUGUACUUUUGCUGGGUUUGUGGUUAUCUUUCAAAAUUGUAUUAGUUCACACUGAAUAUAGAGUAUGUUCACUUGUUCUCUGACAAAAAUUGAGUGCCAUAUUUAGAUCAUGAAAAUUAUUUAGUGUGUUUCUGUCUCUCAUAUUAUUUAAUUACUAGUAAUUCUCUAUGUUAUCUCUUUGAAAGGCAUAAUCCUCAUAUAAUACUAAAAAGAAAAAUUAUUAUAAAAUGCUGUAAAUUGGGAAGUUGAGCAGUUACUAAAAUAUUUUUCUGGAGAUUUAUAUAUGCUUAAAGAACUGAUUGUGAUUUUUUUUUUUUUUUGUGCUUAGGAUGAAAUAGAGUACAAUCUGGUUUAUUGUGUACUGGUACAGUACUUUUAUUUCUUCACAGUAAUACAAAAAAUUAGCAUCCCUUAAUUUGUGCAAUAAUACCUUACUCCUGCAGAGGGUUCUACAGAUAAUAUGAGGUCAAGUUGUGAUGUUCAUUCUCUCCUAGUUGUGUUGGCAGGGGUCGAGCCAUUGUUCCUCCCCCACAUUUUAACUCUUUAUCAACCAGUUUUAAUGAUUCCUGGUCUCCAGGGCUCAAUUGCAUCUCCAGUACUCUUGACACUGCGUAUAGUGUUUGCCUCCACCACCUCUUCAUCUAAUGUGCUCCAGUCACCACUAGUUGUGUGUGUCCCUGGAGAACAUUGUGCCAUACCUUGGCAUUGAAUUGUCAUUGUAAAGUUUAUGUGUAUGUUUGGGGUAGAAAUAAUAUGGUAUAGUGUUUCUAGAGAUUGUGUAAAGUUGGAUAUCCAAACUUAAUUCUUUUUGAAGGAAACACCACAAUUAUGUUUUUUCUCCAGCUUUAUAGAUCAACCAAACGGCUCUUUUGGACUAUAGUUUGGGAAGGCUCAGAGCUGGUCUUUAUCAUGAUUCACAAAAUUGUAAUAACAUGAUUGCAAACAAACCACAGGUGGGUUUUAAACCCAUGGCGAGUGAGUGGCUUACACACACUGACCUGGAGUUUUAGGACUCAGUCACCAUGGGUUCAAACCUCACCCAUUCCAUGGUUUGGUUAUUUUUUCUGGUCACUAUUUUUUGAAAAUCUUGUAUUAUUGCUUUUUUAUUCUUUUUUAUUCUCAUGAAUGAUACUGAGGCAUCCAGCAACAGGUAUCAUAUAUAUUGUUGUUGCUAACCCUAAGGUAUUUGCCCUUUGGGUUAGAAAUAUGUGUGCAUGUGGUUGAGCCUAAGGAAUAACAGCAUUAUACUAGUAGUAAUAUCAGUACAUGUGGUGAAGUGAAGGUAAAGUAGCGAAGGUACAGUAUAGUUUUAAAAAUAUCAGACAAAAAAAAAACAUAUUUUUUGUUUUAUGUAUGUUUGAUAAUAAUAGUUAAUUGGAUUACAGGUCAUUUGCAAUUUAUUAUGUUCCUUGUAUUUCAAGUGGCUUGUUUUUGUGUUGAUGGUAAUGAAUUAAAUUUGUUGAAUAGCUUGGUAAUACCAGAGUUUUGGUAGAGCAUUGUCUCAAAGGUUUUGGUAAAUCUGUCUCAAGACUUGGAUAUAUUGUAUUAGUCUACAUAUCAGUUCAUUUUGGUAUUUAAAAGCUAGGAAGAACACUUUCAUAAUUUUGUCAAAACAUUGUGCUUUUCCAUUUUGCAUGAUAAAAAGAAAUUAUAGCUACUGUGUUAUUGUUUAGUUAGAAGUUGUUUAAGUUUAAUAUAAAUAUUGUUUAAUGAAACAAAUACAAAUAAAUGUAAACUGUACAAGUAAAUAACUCAUUGUAUAUUUUAAAUACAAUUUUUCUUGAUGAAAGUAAUAAUAAAUUUGGUAAAUAAUAAAGAUAUUACUCUGGGCUUCCUGAUAGGAGUGCAUUUUGUAUUAUAUAUGUUAGUUUUGUUUGUGUGAAGUGGGGCAUGAGGCGUGAAGAGUCACCAAUAGUUGCUACCUCAGCUGAGGCUAUACCUGUCCACAUGACACCUGUCACAGUGGCAGGUAAAUAGCUUUGAAAGUGUUUAGGAGGCUACAUUUGUCCACCUGACAUUCAUCACAAGCAAAGACAAUUAGCUUUGAGUAUCUCUAAGUCGAUAUUUGUUCACUUGAGAUUCCUCACAAGGAAAGGUACAGAGCUGUGAAUGUUUCUACAAGGCUGUACCUGUCCACCUGACACCUGGCACAAGAGGGGUACAUACAAUAGCUUUGAAAGUGUACAGCAUAUCCCAAAUGUAAUGACAUGAACUAUAUUUCUAGUCAUGAGAUCAUGUAUUUCUAUAGUCAUGAGAUCAUGUAUUUCUAUAGUCAUGAGAUCAUGUACUUCUAUAGUCAUGAGAUCAUGUACUUCUAUAGCCAUGAGACCAUGUAUUUCUAUAGUCAUGAGAUCAUGUAUUUCUAUAGUCAUGAGAUCAUGAACUGGAUUGCUAUAGUCAUGAGAUCAUGUAAAGAUUUGCCCUUUGCCCCUAGGAAACCAGUGAAGCAUAGUUAGCAGUAUGCAGAUGUUAGUAGGCCAGUUUUACAUCUAGUACCAAAACUAGCCUAGCAAACAAACCUAACCUGAUUAAAGUUUGUGUAAAAUAGAAAAUAGGCUACGUAUUCUAUAUCUAAGAUUUGCGUAACUUUAUUUCACUGUUUCUUGGGGAAAAGGAGAAACAUCAGGUGGUCCAUUUUGUGUAUUGCUCUGCAUUGCUUCAACCAUUUUUUUUUUUUUGUUUAGUUGUUUCUACAUUUUCAUUUAUAUUGUUGCUAGUGAAUGCAUUCUUGUUUUAAGUGAAUUUGCAUAUCUUUAUUGCAAGGAAAAUGUUAUAUGUUAUUUUAACAAUUGGUAGUUUCUUAGAUUUGUCUUUGUUAUGUAAUGCUGUGAAUAUAUGUCUGUGUGUACAUACACACACAUACACGUACAUGUAUAUGCAGUACUAUAUAUACAUGCCAAGGAUGAACGUUUUGAUCAACUUCCAUGAUUCAGUGGGCAAAAUCAUUAUUCAAGGUUAAUUAUUAUUUUAUUACAUUAGGGUUGUCAUUAUCAGACAUAAUGUAAAUGCCAGUAACAAUAUUUGGAUGAAAAAAUGUAGAGAAAAGUUAGCCUUUUCAUUCAGUGGGAAUAUCUGAAAAUCCCUCACAGCUAAAUGUGAAGAAUGAGUGGACAUAUUCUCAUUUGGUUUCUUUCCAUUUUGGGCCUUUAUGAGUACUUUUUUCUUCUAAACUUUGCCAUUCUGAAAGUUGGCAAGUCUGCAGGUGCCUGAUCAGCCGGGUUGUGGUGGCCAUGUGGACCGCUAGCACUAACAGCCUGGCUGACCAGAUGGUCAGCAGGUAAGCCUGGCCUAAAAUUGGUCAGAGGUAUAACAAUUAAUAGUUUACACUCAAAAACUAAUAAAUUCAGUUAUAUAAAAAACAAUGUCACUGGUCUUGUAAAUGUGUACACUAGUAUACACUUUAUAACAGUUGACUUGAAAGUUAUUAAAUUUUUUGUCACUCAUGAAUUACCAGUUAUGACUUAACAAUUGGAUAACUGUUGUUAACAAAUAAACCACAGGAUUUUAUAAAUAUUUUUCCUAUUC